AUGACAAAGAUGGUGAAUUUAGUGUUUGAUUGGAAACCGAAUGGACAAAAUUUAGAAUUUCCAAUAGACCUAGCAAAUAACGCAUAUAAAUUAUCAACGAAAGUCGUAAUAAGUCCAAAUUAUCUAUUAAAGUUUAAGAUAGAACCAAUUAAGAAUCAGAAAGAAAAGAUAACGUUUACAAUCACAGCCAGUGAAGGAUACCAAUCACAAAAUGUACCUGAAGUAUUAGAUUUUUCAAAAAAAGAUUUUUAUUUUAUUUGUUUCAACAAAUUUACGCCAGAGAAAUCAGUUAAAAUUACAAUAGACAAUAUUAAAUCAAGUCUUACAAAACCAGAUUCUGAAAUUGAAAAUGAUCCUUCGUAUUAUCAUGUUCAAAAGAGUUCAAAUACUCCAAAUGAGGUUCCCAAUGCUCAAAUUCCGAAAAAUCCAGAAGUAUUAAAGAAUUCAGCUACUAAUUACAAAAAUCAAUAUCCAUAUCCAAAUGCAACAAAUAAACCACCAGAAUCAAAUACUUCUGUAAAUUACACAUCAUAUUAUCCUAAUUCUACAAAUGAAACCGAUAAAUUUACAAAAUCAAAUCCAAUUUCUGAAGAAAGUAAGCCAGAAGCAACUCAAAAAACAAAGGAAACAAAUUCUUCAUUCUAUGGACAAUCAAAACUUACAGAUUCAACUCAAAGAUCAAAUUUUUCAGAAUCAAAUUCAAAUUCAACCGAAAAAACAACAAAACCAAAGCCACCAGAGCAACCUAAAUCAUCAAGUACUUCAAAGACAUCAAAUACAAAAGAAUUAACACCUACCUCAUUUGGAUCAAGUUGGGGAACAGGCCAAACUAAACCAAAUCAGAGUAAAAUGGUUCCAAAUUCCACACCAUCAACAACAUAUGAAGAAAAUCCAGAAAUACAAAGAAAAUUACUUGCACAAUAUAAUAAAAAACCAGACUUGAAAAACAACAAAUAUCCAGGGUUAGAAAAUCAAGGUCAGACAUGUUACAUCAAUGCAUUCAUACAGAUCUUGUAUCAUUCAUUACCAUUUAGUUCAGGAAUUGAUGAUUUGAAGUGCAGAGACAAAAUAAUUGUCAGUUUGAGAUCAUUAUUCAAAGAAAUGGAUGAAACAAAAGUUGGCUAUGUUUCAACAACAGAUUUAACUAAGAAAUUCGGAUGGACAGAUGAAUUUGUUACACAACAACAUGAUGCAACAGAAUUCCUUGGUAUUUUAUUCAACAAAAUUAAUCUUUGUCUUAAAAACACUGAUGAAAAAGAUUUCCUGAAAAAUAUUUUUGGUUUUCAAACUGAACAGACAACUAAAAAGACAAAAGAACAAUCAAUAGCCAUAAUAGAUAAUGAGAAACUAGAUGUACCUCUUAUGGCAACAAUUGAAGAAUCAAUUGCACAAACAAGUAAACCAGAUGUUUUUGAAUCUGAAGAAGGAAAAGUUACUAAAGUUACUAAAAUUAAAACAUUUCCUAAAGUUUUGUUGAUAUAA